UCUUGUGCUUCCAAAAUUGAAGCACUUCUAAAUAGCCACCCUUCUAUGUCUUUCAACAAUUGAUUAUAUAUAUAGCUUGUUUGGAAAUCUUCUACAAUUGAUUUUAAAAUCAAAUUAAUUCUGACAAGAAACUCAUGUGAGUAGUUUCUGAGUGUCAGAAUUGACUCCGAGAAAAAACAAGUUUUGCUUAGUCAGAAAAACCAAGGUUUAGGAAACCAACAAGCAUCCGUUUCAUUACUAAAUUUCUCCCCUCUGAGGCUUAAAAAAACAGAAACUUAUCCAGCUAAUGUAUCAAUAGUCAAAUUCCAAAUUGUCUAUUUUAUAUUGUUAACAUUUUGCAUAUAUUAUAACAACUAUUACUCUUUCCUUCUGCAUCAUUUCUCAAUCAUUUAGAAGCAGAGAUCAUGGGAGGGUGUUUUUCUUGUAGAUCAUCCUCCAAGAACUCCAAAUCAAACAGUGUUAGACUAGUUCAUCUCAGUGGCUAUGUAGAGGAUUUUGAGCAACCAAUUUCAGUGAGUCAAGUCACUGGAAACAGUGGAAACCCCACAAGUCAUUUUGUUUGCACUUCUGUUCAGCUUCUUUCCUCUUGCUCAAAAUCACUUAAGGGAGACACACAACUCCAACCAGGGAAUGUGUACUUCAUGCUUCCAUACUCAAUUCUUCAACCUGAUGUUUCUCCUGUGGAUUUGGCUUCCCUUGCAAAGAGGCUCACAUCAAUAGCCAAAACAAGAAGAAGAUCAUGUGAUGAGGACAAAAAGUCCUUGAAGGCUAGUCCUUUGGCUAGUCAAAUUGGGUUGAGCAAUGUUUGGAGUUCACCUUCUAGGAGCCCUGGCAGAGUUGGUGUGGCUGAGGAAAUUGGACUGGCUUAUGGAGGAAGAAGUGUUUCUGGAGUGAGGCCAUGGAAACCUAUCUUGGGCACUAUUAGGGAGAAGUCACUCAAUAGGAGAAGUGAGUCAGAUUUGCUAGAAAAUCGUUGAUGUUUGCAAGGCCUUGGAAGAAGACAUGUAAGAUGGUUUGAUUUUUAAUUUUCUUUUCUUACUCAAGAUAUCUCACAGCCGAUAGGCGUGAGACUACUCACCCGCCCCAUAAUAGUCAGUGCACUAAGAUGUAGGGGCUGGCUUGAUGAAUCUCUUGUGAGUGAAAGGAAAAUAUGAAAUUUGAGGCUGUUGCUUUUGAAAAUUUUCUUGUGUCUUAUUCUCCUACUUUGUACUUAAGAAUGUUUCUGAAAGUCCAAAUGUUUAAGCACUUAAGAUAAUUCAGUCUGCAGAUUUCAUGCCCUUUGGGCCAUUCAA